GCCGAAUCGCCAAUGCAGCCAAUAGCCGUCUGGCGACUGAUUCGUCCCUUCAAGUUAGUGAUGGAGUUGCCCGAACAGGCUUGCAUGCUUCGCAUUCGGUGAUCUUGAAGCGUGCCAACAUCUCAGCAUCCGAGAAAAUGAAGCACAUCAAGGAGGCUAUGACUGGCAAGACCGAUUCCUUCAGCCGGGUUGUCCACAAAACAGCGUAUUAUGGCAACAUCCACAUUGGGUCGCCAGCUCAAACCGUGACCGUGGUGUUUGAUACAG